AUGACUUCAAUGGGCGAAGAGUUGAAUGCUGUAGUACUGGACAAUGGGUCAGGAAUGUGUAAGGCUGGGUUUGCUGGGGACGACGCCCCUCGAAGCGUGUUUCCAUCCAUGGUCGGCAGACCUAGGCACCAGGGUGUCAUGAUUGGGAUGGGACAGAAGGAUUCGUACGUCGGCGACGAAGCACAGAGUAAAAGAGGUGUGCUUACUCUUAAGUACCCAAUUGAGCACGGUAUCGUCACAAAUUGGGACGAUAUGGAAAAGGUAUGGCACCAUACGUUCUACAACGAACUCCGUGUGGCACCUGAUGAACAUCCUGUACUGAUGACAGAGGCGCCGUUGAAUCCAAAGGGCAAUCGCGAAAAGAUGACACAGAUUAUGUUCGAGACAUUUAACACACCGGCGUUUUACGUAGCCAUCCAGGCCGUGCUGUCUCUGUACGCCUCGGGCCGAACCACAGGAAUAGUGCUAGAUUCUGGGGAUGGUGUCACACAUACCGUGCCAAUCUAUGAAGGAUACGCUCUGCCUCACGCCAUCCUGAGGAUCGACCUCGCCGGAAGGGAUCUCACCGACUAUUUGAUGAAAAUCAUGACGGAGCGAGGCUAUUCCUUCACAACCACCGCCGAAAGAGAAAUCGUCAGGGACAUCAAGGAGAAAUUAUGCUACAUUGCACUUGAUUUUGACGAGGAUAUGGUGUCGUCUGCUACUUCUAAAGAAAUGGAGAGGACAUAUGAACUACCAGACGGUCAGGUUAUCAGCAUUGGUAAUGAGAGGUUCCGAUGUCCAGAAGCAAUGUUCCAACCUUCAUUUAUCGGUAUGGAAAUGGCGGGAAUGCACGAAUCCACCUACAAUUCUAUACUUAAAUGUGAUGUUGACAUCCGGAAAGAUCUGUACUCCAAUAUCGUAUUAUCUGGUGGCUCCACAAUGUUCCCCGGUGUAGCAGACCGCAUGAGUAAGGAAGUUGCAUCCUUGGCACCGGAACUCAUCAAGGUGAAGGUGGUGGCGCCACCUGAGCGGAAGUACUCGGUAUGGAUAGGAGGAUCGAUCCUUGCAUCGCUGUCGACAUUUGAACAGAUGUGGAUAAGCAAACAGGAGUACAACGAGGCAGGAGCCGGCAUCAUCCAUAGAAAAUGCUUCUAG